AGUCUUUGCAAUAAUAGGAGAAAACAAAUAUGGCGUCCAGUGGGUUCAGUACGUGAUUGGAAUACUCUACCGUCCAGUUGACGACAUAAAGCGGCGACAGGCAGCACAAUACUGCGGAAACGCCCCCACUGCGGUGCUAUCUCACGGCACCUAUAUUACCACACAAAAUGUCUUCACCUAAGGCCAAACACUCCGGUCGCGGAGGCGGAGGGAGCCCGGUGCUCGGUGGCACCAAUGGCCGCUACGAGUUCAAGUCGCUGACCAAACCGCUAAGCUCAGAUUCGGCCACCGCGCGGCUGCGAGCCUCGGAGAGCCCCACACGCCGCCGGGGCUCCAGCUCCUCCACCGGCUCAGCGAGCGGACAUGGGCCGUCGGAGGAGGACGGCAUCCGUCUCAACCCGUCACUCUUCCGCGUGGCCCUUAGCUCGUUGCUCGCCAUUGACCUGUGGCUCUCCAAGCGGCUGGGGGUGUGCGCCUGGGAGGACUCGUCUUGGGGGAGUGUGCGACCGUUGAUGAAGCUUAUCGAGGUGACGGGUCACGGCAUCCCUUGGCUGGCUGGCACCGCCUACUGCCUCUACAAGAGCGACAGUGCAGCCGGGCAGGAGGUCAUGCUCAACCUCCUCUUUGGUCUGCUUUUGGACCUGGUCCUGGUCGGCGUUGUCAAGGCGACGGUGCGGCGGCGCAGGCCCGCCCACAACCGUAUGGACAUGUUUGCCACCUUCUCUGUGGACCGCUACUCGUUCCCCUCAGGCCACGCCACACGCGCCUCCAUGUGUGGCCGCUUCCUGCUGGCGCACUUGGUGCUCGCCGCCCCACUGAGAGUCCUCGUCCUGCUGUGGGUGGCCACGGUUGGGCUGAGCCGCAUCAUGCUGGGCCGACACAACGUGACCGACGUGGCCUUCGGCUUCUGGAUGGGCUACUGCCAGUACAACCUGGUGGAGAUGCUGUGGCUCUCGCCUCAAAGCCUGCAAGGGCUGCUGGGACACUUUGCAUAGCUAGCUAGCACACUGAAAGACUACUAUUAUAUUAUUAUUAUUACAUAUGAGUAACAGCUACACUGUUUUUAUUAUCUCUGUGAGGACUGUGCAUUCCAAUCCAUGUAAUUAUGGAGUUGUUCAUAUUGUGGUUCAUUCCAGCAGAACUCUCCAUUCACAGUCAGCAGCACAUCCUGUAAAUAAUUGUUAUCAGCAUAUAAACAGCAUUUCGUCAAUAGGGGACAAGAAUGCAUGUCGUGUUUUCACCUUUGACCUUGACUAUCUGGGCGGCCUUGUGCUGGCUCUCACAUCGGUUUCAUCUGGUAAUUACAAUGUUCCAGGUCAUAUUUUGGACCCUUUUUGGGGGGUCUCGCGACCCUUAAACAGUGGACAAUUUGUCUGGCAGGAGUCAUUCAGAGUGCUUAGUAAGAUGUAACUUUUCAUGUGAAUUCAGUUUUAUAUGGUACCAAAAUUUGAUCCAGCCCAUUUUUCAGCACCUUAUUUUGGGUCCCUGUGGCCACAUGCGGGGGGGGGGCUCCAUGGCAGACGUUCAUAUCUGUUCAUUUUUGGGUCCGCGUUAUAUGACCCUGGGCUCAGAUAUUGGUACCUCGUUUGUUAGAUCAAAGUGCUCUGGGCUGCUAAAAUGUCAAAGUGGCCCUUGACCACUUUCAUUUUUCAGUGAAUGGCCCUCGCUGGAAAAAGUUUGGACACCCCUACAUUCCACUGAGGAACAUUUACAAUCCCAUGCACAUGAUUUGGGAUAGGAAAAAAAGGGUGUUUUACAUCAUUUAACAUAAAACUACUGUAUAAUGUUUUUCUUAUUUGAGUCCAUAUUUUGCUUGUGUAGCUUUUCCAAAAGGUGGUUCAGUUUGAGCAAUGCUUUUGUUUGAACACGCACACACACACACACACACACACACACGCACUAGUUCAUUAACCUUUGCUUGAUGUCGUCUUUUUUGUAUUGAUUUAACAAUUCAAGCUAUGCAGCUGAAGGUAAGCUUACUUAAGUCUUAUUCAGUUCAAAAUUCAAUGUAUGUUUCACUUACCGUACACUUACAUUUUUAGUCGUUUGUGUGCA